GACCGCACGAAAGGGAGAGAGGUGGAGGCGGUUUCGAGGGGGCUCCCCGGAAGGAGACGUGGCGGCGGUUGGGGCUCCCGUUCGCUGGGCGAUCUCUAGUCCCGCCGCCUCCGCCUCCUCUCUAUGGGCCAAGGAGGCAGCGACGGCGACGGCGGCGGCGGCGGCGGAGGCUGGAGAAAGAGGCGGCGGAGGAUGGAAGAAGGAGGCGGAGGCGGACGGAGGCUGGUCCCGGGCGCGCCGGUUCUGCUGGUCCUCUGCGGGCUCCUGGAGGCGUCCGGGGGCGGUCGAGUGCUCCCUCCACUCAGUGACGACAUCCCCUUCCGAGUCAACUGGCCUGGCACCGAAUUCUCCCUGCCUACUUCUGGUGUUUUCUAUAAAGAGGAUAAUUAUGUCAUUAUGACAACUGCAGAUAAAGAAAAAUAUAAAUGCAUACUCCCCCUUAUAGCAAGUGGAGAUGAGGAAGAAGAAAAGGACUAUAAAGGCCCUACUCCAGGUGAAUUAUUGGAACCACUCUUUAAACAAAGCAGUUGCUCUUACAGGAUCGAAUCUUACUGGACCUAUGAAGUAUGUCAUGGAAAACACAUUCGGCAAUAUCAUGAAGAAAAAGAAACUGGUCAGAAAAUAAAUAUUCAGGAGUACUUCCUUGGGAACAAGAUGAAAAAGAACCCACUAACUGAAACAGAAAAAGAAGAAAAAGAAAAGGAAAAAUCCAAAGAAAGUUCAAAGGAGAUUCCCACUAAAAAUAUUGAAGGUCAGAUGACUCCCUACUAUCCUGUGGGAAUGGGAAAUGGCACCCCUUGUAGCUUGAGACAGAACCUCCCCAGAUCAAGUACUGUAAUGUAUAUCUGUCAUCCUGAAGCCAAACAUGAAAUUCUUUCAGUAGCUGAAGUUACUACUUGUGAAUAUGAAGUUGUCAUAUUGACACCUCUGCUGUGCAAUCAUCCUAAAUAUAGGUUCAGAUCUUCACCAGUGAAUGACAUAUUUUGCCAGUCACUCCCAGGAUCACCCCUUAAGCCUCACAAUCUGGUACAGUUGGAGCAGCAACAAGAAGUAAUGAAGAUCCCUUUUAGAAGAGCUAAAGAGGAAGAACCACAUUCAACUAAAGAAGACAAAUUUACCUCCAUGUCAAAACCAGUUGCUCUUGGCACUCAUCAACUACUCACUGUUGGCACAACACAUAUCUCCAAACUGACUGAUGACCAACUUAUAAAGGAAUUUCUUAGUGGCUCUUACUGUUUUCAUGGGGGUGUAGGUUGGUGGAAAUAUGAAUUUUGCUAUGGCAAACAUGUUCAUCAGUACCAUGAGGAUAAGGAAAUUGGAAAAACAUCUGUAAUUGUGGGAACAUGGAACAAAGAAGAGCAUAUUGAAUGGGCAAAGAAGAAUACUGCUAGAGCCUAUCAUCUCCGAGACGAUGGUACACAAAUAGUUAGGAUGGUAUCACAUUUUUAUGGGAAUGGAGAUAUUUGUGAUUUAACUGACAAACCAAGACAGGUCACUGUAAAACUAAAAUGUAAAGAAUCAGAAUCGCCUCAUGCUGUUACUGUAUAUAUGUUAGAGCCUCAUUCCUGCCAGUACAUUCUUGGGGUGGAAUCUCCAGUAAUCUGUAAAAUUUUAGACACAGCUGAUGAAAACGGACUCCUUUCUGUCCCCAGUUAAAAGAUUAGUGAAGCCAGAAGAAUGAAGAUCACUAAAAACCACCAUGAUUUCUUCUUUCCAUGGCCAAUGACCUCAUCAGAGUUCUCAGCCAGUGGAGCUUGACAGAAGGACUGUUUAAGGGGACUCUUUGAACCACUUUGUGAAUAUAUAUGUGUAUAUAAGAGGUUAUUGAUAAACUUUUAAAGCAGACAGUUUUGUCUUACUCAUUUCAUUCAUGUUAUAAAUUAGAAGUUUUGUAAAAAUAAGUGUUUUUUCUCUCUCUGAGGUAAGAGGUUUCAAAAAUAAAUCUUGCCCAAGAAAAUCAAGUGUCAUAACCAUUGCUAAACAGGCAAGUUUUUAAACUGAUUAAUCAAGCUGGUCUUAUUGAUGCCUACUCUGGUUGGGGAAGCGAACACUAUAGCUGAAGAUAACUUUACCUCCUUUUAUCGUCUUCAAGAAAUACUGAUUUGCAAUAGGUCAUUAUUACAUGACCAGUUAUUGCUUAUUUUUCCAGUAUGUAUUAGUGUGAUUGGUUCUUCCCUUCAAACCAUGCACUCUCAAGGAUUCUGCUGUAUCUCCUACUGUUUUAAUCUAAUGGUAUGUACGUUAUUCUGACUCUUGUACUUGAUGAUUAUAAGCUGUAUAUUUGAGAUCCCAGGGUUAUACCUGUAAAGCCAGAAGGGACUUCAGAUACCUUCUAAUCCAGGCUCCUCAUUUUACAGAUAAGACCCUGAGGCCUAGGGAGGUGGAAUAAUUUGUAUACUGUCACAAAAGUAGGACACAUCAGAGGCAGGAUUUGAACCCAAUCUCUUCUCCAGAGCCAGUACACUUUCACAACAUUAUUUUAUUCCUGAAUAAAAUAUUUGCAAUCAGCCCCUGUCAUGUAGUCAGUGCUAAAUAAUUCAGGAUUGAGAUUUUUCAUUCCUUUACUUCUGUUUCCACAUCUUGUCAUAUGUCUGUUAGACAUCUUACUUCAUCUUACUUUUAAUGCCUAUGUCAGAAAUAACAAUGAUAGGAAACUUGUUUUCCUACUUUAAUCAGUUCUUGUCAAAGGACCAUUCACGAAUGUGUCCCCGUAUUUUAAAACAAUAUUUCCUUAAAAUUAUGAGGCUUGAAUGGUUCAGUAAAUAUUUGAGUCUCCUGCUUGAAGUAAGACUACAGGAUCAUUGAUUUAGAGCCAAUAGGAACUUCAGAUCCAAGUUACCCACCCCGCUAAUUUUGCAAGGAAACAGGUUCAGAGAGGGUAAGUUAACUUGUCCAAAAGCCAAACAGUUAAGCAAGAAUUUCAAUUUGGACACUGACUCAAUCCAGCUCUUAGCUGAUGGAAUCCAUUUGUAUGGGUGAGAUUAGUAACUAAAACAUCCACCUUUUUACAGUGUAAAUUACGUGAUAUUUAGGUAUUUAUUUCUAGCCAUUAUAAUUGAAAUCAUGGCAUUUCCUGGAGAGCAUGUCCUUUUAGCACUUCUUAUAAUGACAGAGUGCAUAUUUUGUCCUUUUUAGGGUCUAUUCGAUUCAGAUUGGCUCAAAGCUGACCUUUGCUGUUAAAAUGAAAAAUACAUUGUAAGGAACUUGAGGGGCUGAAAUGAUUAAAGAGAUGGAAAAAAUACAUGAUCAGAAAGCUAAUGGUAACAGCAACCCAGAAGACUCAGACCAGUUCUUUCCUUGGGAUGAGUUCAUCUGGGCUUCUAUAAGGAAUAGUGCAGAUCGAGUCAGAACUUCAGAGCUGGAAGGGACCUUCAACUCACAAGAAGUGAGUGAAAGCACUAGAUACGGAGACAGACACCUUAUGUGUUCAAGCCCUGGUUGUACAAACAGCUAGGUUAUACAGUGGAUAAAGCCCUAGACUUUGGAGACGAGAAGACCAGAGUUCAAACCCAGCCUCCCUUAGUAGCUAUGUGAACAAGUCACAUAACCUGUUUGCUUCACUUGCCUCAUCUGUAAAAUGGGGACGGUAAUAGCAUCUACCUUCCAGAUUUGUUGUGAGGGUAACAUGAGAUAAUAUUUCAGUGCUCAAGUACUGUGUCUGUGCUUCUCUUCCUACCACUUAGUACCUGUGUGACUGCGGGCAGGCCUCGACUUUCUGAGGCUCGUUUUUCUCACCUGUAUAAUGAGAAUGAUAAAACUGUACUACCUACCUCAGA